AGCUGGUCUCGAUCUCAGCUCUCGGUGACGCUGUUGCUGCAAAUGUCUAUAGAAUAUCGAGUUACAAUACGCCCCAUCUUUAAGCCCAGUCUAUGCGCCGUUAGCCGGAGUACAACAGGACACGUCCUGUGUAAGCCGCCAGCCAAGGGUCAACGCCUGUGCCAUGACUACGUGAAGAGUAGCACUCAUCGGUUGAUAGGCAGCUAUCACAUCUACCAGGAAUAAAAGACAUGAUUGAGACAAUGGAUACCCAGCGUGCCUUGCAGGCAGUGGAGCGUCUCCAGGCCAAGCUGAAGGACCGGGGGGAGGUCCCCACCGAGGAGAAGCUCAGCCUGCUCAAGUCAGUUCUCCAGAGCCCCCUGUUCCACCAGAUUCUUGCCCUGCAGAAGUCUGUCCAGCUCCUCAAAGACCAGGGUGGUGUCACAUCAACACUUUGCGAUGACCUGAGUGAAUGCUACACAUCAGCCCAGGACAAUGGUGGCCAUCUUGCCUACCCAGAAGCCUCCACUAGUACGCAGGUCAAUGGGAAGCAAUCGCCGGAGGAUUUUGAGCACAUCAUUCGCUCCAUGGCUCAGGGGCGCUACGUGACGCGCAUGGAGCUGGUGAAGCCACUGUCUGGGGGUCUGGGCUUCAGCGUGGUUGGCCUGAGGAGCGAGAACCGCGGGGAGCUGGGCAUCUUCAUCCAGGAGAUCCAGCCCGGGAGCGUGGCCGACUGCGAUGGGAAGCUGAAGGAGUCAGACCAGAUCUUGGCCAUCAACGGUCAACCCCUGGACCAGACAGUGACCCACCAGCAGGCCAUAGGCAUCCUGCAGAGAGCAUCUGAGUGCGUGCAGCUCACUAUAGCCAGAGGACCCAUCCCUCAGCUGGCCAGCCCUGUGGUGUCCCGUACCCCCUCCGCUGCCAGCACCCUGUCUGCCCACUCCAGUGCGGCCCACUGGAAUCAUGUGGAGACCAUGGAGCUGGUCAACGACGGGACAGGCCUGGGCUUUGGCAUUGUGGGAGGAAAGACCACCGGUGUCAUUGUCAAAACCAUCCUGCCUGGAGGCAUCGCUGAUCAGGAUGGGCAUCUGCGCAGUGGGGACCACAUCCUCAAGAUUGGGGACACUGACCUAUAUGGCAUGGGAAGUGAGCAGGUGGCUCAGGUCCUGAGGCAGUGUGGUAACCGAGUGAAGUUGGUCAUCACCAGAGGCCCUCCAGAGGAGAACGCCAUCGUCCCAAUGGUGUUGCCCACGGUCACAGAGCAACAGGGAUACGAGGAAGAGGAGGCCGAAGCGUUUGACGUUGGGCUGACCAAGAACGCCCAGGGUCUGGGAAUCACCAUCGCCGGCUAUGUGGGGGACAAACAUUCUGAGCCCUCUGGUAUUUUUGUGAAAAGUAUAACUAAAGACAGUGCGGUGGAGCAAGACGGCCGGAUCCAUGUUGGGGACCAGAUCAUAGCCGUGGACGGUAUUAACAUCCAGGGCUACACCAACCAGCAGGCCGUGGAGGUGCUGAGACACACGAGCCAGACAGUUCACCUGAAGCUGAUCAGGCGAGGCUUCCGUCCAGAGGAUAUCCCACCCGCUGUGGUGCCCAGUGUGAUCGUAGUCUCACCAACCCCAGGGGGCAGAGACACGACACUGGAGAGGACGGAUGUUGUGGACGCCACCACUCAAGGUAAGAAACAGUACCAGGCAUUGAGUGAGGAAUCUGAUGUCACCAACGUGAAGGAUCAGUUAACUGAGAAGACCAGAGACGAAGCAAAGCUAACAGAGGAUGAGGAGUUAGAGCUGAAGAAGAAGUGGCAGGAGACUCUCGGCCCCAGCAAGGAAGUAGUGGUUGCCCAAGUGGAGAAGUUCAGUGAGAGCAGUGGUCUGGGAAUCAGUCUGGAUGCCAACAGCGGGCACCACUACAUCCGCUCCGUCCUGCCGGAGGGGCCAGUGGGACGCUGUGGGAAACUCUACAGUGGGGACGAACUGCUCGAAGUUAAUGGAAUAUCCCUGAUUGGUGAGACCCACAAGGAAGUGGUGAGCAUUCUGAAGGAGCUGCCUGUCUGUGUCUACAUGGCCUGCUGUAGGCCCGCCCCUCUCCUGAAGAGUGACAGGGAUUCUGGCCAACCGGGGUUGGAUGAAUUUGCUACUGAACCUAUAAUGAAGAUACAGGGAGACCUCGACAGUUUCCUGGUUUUCGAAGGUUCCGAGGGGGUGGCGACGAGGGAAAAUGUAACGGAUGAGACACUCGGAGCUCCUUUGGCCAUGUGGGAGACGGAGAUACAGGACAUUGAGCUGGAGAAGGGUGCGAGCGGACUGGGAUUCAGCAUCUUGGACUACCAGGACCCAAUGGAUCCUGCCAAGACGGUGAUUGUGAUUCGCUCUCUGGUGUCUGAAGGAGUGGCAGAACAGGAUGGCAGGCUAUUGCCAGGCGACCGGCUCAUGUUCGUCAACAGCACCAACCUGGACAACGCCAGUCUGGAGGACGCUGUCCAGGCAUUGAAGGGGGCUAACAUCGGCACGGUCCACAUUGGGGUGGCCAAACCACUACCUAUUGACUCCAAUGAGGUAGACCUGACCGACGAGAGGGUGUUGGCGCAUCGCUUCUCUGGCGAGGAGGAUGACACAUUCCAGGCAUCCAUGAUUGCCCUCCAUGGCAGCACCUGCAGCGCUGACCUGUCCUACCAGAUGAUCUUGCAGUCCUCCACACCCAAGCGGAGUGCUCGUCUGGACUUGUUGACCGAACAUCCCUUCGUGACGUUGUCCUGCCUCGCAGACGACACUGAACCCUUUUCCCCGGAGGAGAAGCCCAUCGCUUUCCCCCUGCCCAGGAGUAUUGGAAGUCACACCCUAAUGAUUGACAACAACACACUAGCUAUCUCCGAUCAGUACCUGGCGCAUCAAUUAACCCAAUUGGAGCCGUCGGAUCUGUCGAACUCGUGCAGUCCGUACACUGACCCCGAGCCCGGUUUGAAUGAUUUGGGGGAGCAAAUGCAGUCUCUUCGUUUUCCGGUGGAGCCCACCAUGGCCGUUGCAGACAUAGGGGAGAUGGAAUGCUUAAUGAAGGGGGAUGAGCCAUCUGUAAAGCAGUCCAAAGAGGAAGGGGACAAGAUUGGAACCACUGGGAGUAAUUUUGAAAGGACAAUCACGGUUGUCAAGGGCAACUCCAGUCUCGGAAUGACGGUGAGCGCCGUCAAGGAUGGCUUGGGGAUGCACAUCCGCAGCAUCAUCCACGGAGGCUCCAUCAGCCGAGACGGCCGUCUGGGGGUGGGGGACCUCAUCCUGGCCAUCAACGGCGAGCCCACGGCCAACCUGACCAAUACACAGGCCCGCGCCAUGCUCCGGAGACACUCCCUCAUCGGGCCAGACAUGGGAUCUGCUUGUGCACCAGAGGACGAUCUGUGCCCCUUUUAUGUCAUCACCUAUGUUCCCAUGGAGUAUCUGGAGGAGUACAAGGCCAGCCUGGAGCAGCCUAAAGAUGACAUCUUCUCUGAUGCUCCUCAGGCCCCAAAAAGAGAAAUCCCAGAACUCCCAGAGAGGGAGGAAGGAGAGGGAGAGGAGAGUGAGCUACAGAGUGCCACCUUCAGUAACUGGAACCAGCCCAGGAAGGUGGAGCUCAAAAAAGAAGCUGGCAAGUCCCUUGGCAUCAGCAUCGUGGGGGGCAGAGGAAUGGGCAGUCGCCUCAGCAACGGCGAGGUGAUGCGGGGCAUCUUCAUCAAACACAUCCUGGAGGACAGCCCCGCCGGCCGCGACGGAACCCUGAAGACAGGAGACAGGGUUGUUGAGGUGGACGGCGUGGACUUGAGAGAUGCCAGUCACGAGCAGGCUGUGGAGGCCAUCCGCAGGGCAGGAAACCCUGUCGUGUUCCUCGUGCAGAGUAUCGUCCACAGGCCCAGGUCCUCAACCACGGACACCAACGAGGAGAGAGCGGCGGCCAUGGCACGGCGCAAUAGUGACAAGGAGGUUGAGAGUCACAGUAGACUAUUCCUACGCCUCUCCCCAACUAACCCUUUCACUCCUACUCCGUUUAAGCCACUAAAGAGGGAAGCGGGAAAGACAUCGUCCACCACUCCUCACCUCUCGCUUCCCGUGGUUCCCCACGUCGGAGAGACAGACACCGAUACCCUGACAGAGAUUCCCGACAGACAGGCCCAGGUGGAAGACGAGGAUGAGUUUGGCUACAGCUGGAAGAGCAUCAUUCAGCGCUACGGCAGCCUUCCGGGGCUGCUGCACAUGAUUGAGCUGGAGAAGGGGAAGACCGGCCUGGGCCUUAGUCUGGCUGGCAACCGCGACCGCUCUCGCCUGAGCGUGUUUGUGGUCGGGAUUGACCCCUGUGGCGCCGCCGUCAAAGAUGGUCGCAUUGUGGUUGGAGAUGAACUGUUGGAGAUCAACGGGCAGAUUCUGUAUGGGCGGAGUCACCAGAAUGCCUCCUCCAUCAUCAAAAGCGCUCCGUCAAAGGUCAAGAUCAUUUUCAUCAGGAACACAGAUGCUCUGAACCAGAUGGCUGUAGGACCAGUGAGGGAACAUGGAGACACCCUGGAGCCCCAGACGGAGCUGGAAACAUGUACUUCCAUUGCACCCUCGGCGAUCGAUGUCGACAUGUUCAAGUAUGUGCAGCACGUCAUUCUGCCGAAGGAGGAGGGUGGAUUCGGCAUCACUUUCAGUGAGGAAGACCCCACGAACGGGGUGGUGAUUCAGAGUAUAACUGAAAAAGGACCAGCAGGAAAGGACGGCAGCAUCAAAUCUGGAGAUAAACUCCUGGCUGUGGAGGAUGAACCAGUGGUGGGCUACACUGUGGAGAGGGUCCACUCUCUACUGGGGAACGCCAAAGGCUCUGUGAAGUUGACAAUCUGCGCGAAUGAGUCAUUGCCCCUCCCCCCCUACUAUACUGACCAGGCCACCAGCAUCCCUUGCAUCUACAUGGCUAACCUGGGCCAGCCUGAGUCAGAGCCAAUCAGGAGCUCAAGUCGCUCGUCCACCCCUGGCACUCUGGCCUCCUCUGACCCUGUGACCUGUCCCAUCAUCCCCGGCUGUGAGACCACCAUAGACAUCUCCAAAGGCCACACGGGCCUGGGCCUCAGCAUCGUGGGGGGCUGUGACACUCUAUUGGGGACCAUCAUCAUUCACGAGGUCUAUGAGGAGGGAGCUGCCUCCAAGGAUGGGAGACUUUGGGCUGGGGACCAGAUCCUGGAGGUGAAUGGCAUUGACCUGCGCGUGGCCACUCACGACGAAGCUAUCAACGUGCUACGGCAGACCCCUCAGCGGGUGCGUCUGAGCGUGUUCAGGGAUGAGGCCCAGUACAAGGAGGAGGACCUGUGGGAUGCCUUUACCGUGGAGCUGAACAAGAAGCCCGGCCAGGGCCUGGGCCUCAGCAUCGUGGGGAGAAGGAAACGGAAAAGGAAACCUUCUAGAACCGGUACCGAAUUGAAGAGUCUGAGCAGGAACUGGAACGACACAGGGGUGUUUGUGUCGGACAUAGUGAAAGGGGGCGUGGUGGAGGGUGACGGGAGGCUGAUGCAGGGAGACCAGAUCCUGUCCGUCAACAAGGAGGAUGUCAGAAACGCCACCCAGGAGUCAGUGGCUGCACUGCUGAAGUGUGGUGUGGGACCCAUAGUGAUGGAGGUGGGCAGAUUUAAAGCCGGACCCUUCCACUCUGAGAGAAGGUUCUCACAGAGCAGUCAGAUAAGUGAAACGGGCAGCUGCAAGGUGACCCCUCACUCGCUGUCAGCCUCCUCUGGUAGCCUCCAGAUGGACUGUGACAGCGUACAACAUACAACACUGGACCACCAGGAGAUCAGAAUUGUUGAAUUCACAAAGGGUCUCACUGAUUCAUUGGGCAUCAGUAUUGCGGGUGGAGUGGGCAGUCCCCUGGGCGAUGUGCCCAUCUUCAUCGCCAUGAUGAACCCUACCGGCCUCGCUGCCCAGACACACAAACUCAAGAUCGGUGACAUGAUCAUCAGUAUCUGUGGGACCGCUACUGAGGGUAUGAGCCACAGCCAGGCCGUCACCCUGCUGAAGAAUGCCACCGGCACCAUCGAGCUGCAGGUGGUAGCAGGGCGUGAUACCACAGUGACCGGCCCGUCUCAGGAGCAGACAGCUGCUGGACUCUCAGUCUCCAGCCUUACUGCUACUAGCAUCUUCCACGACGACCUGGGACCUCCUCAAUAUAAGACCAUUACCCUGGCCAGGGGCCCAGAUGGCCUGGGCUUCAGCAUUGUUGGUGGCUUUGGAAGCCCACAUGGAGACCUGCCCAUUUAUGUGAAAACCGUGUUUGGGAAGGGGGCAGCGUCAGAGGACGGGCGUCUGAAGCGGGGGGAUCAGAUUAUGGCUGUUAACGGACAGAGUCUGGAGGGGGUCACCCACGAGGAGGCCGUGGGCAUCCUGAAGAGGACCAAGGGAACAAUUGCCCUCACUGUGCUCUCCUAGACACACACACACACCUCACCUUACACGCAUAGACAAAGACUCAUACCUUGGUGUAGACACACACUCACCCUAAUAUACUGUAUAUGUAUUGAAAUGUGAACACACCCAUUCCUAAACUCUAACAUGCUGACCAAACCGGACGCGCGCAAGUUGAUUUUGUUCACCCACACCAGAAGCGAUCAGGACACACAGGUUGAAAUAUCAAAACUCUGAACCAAUUAUGUUAAUUUGUGGACAGGUCAAAUAGUAUUAAACAUUUAUGGCAAUUUAGCUAGCUAGCUUGCUAGUUCAUUUGUCCCGGGAUAUAAACAUUGGGUUGUUAUUUUACCUGAAAUGCACAAGGUCCUCUACUCCGACAGAUAAAACGGUAAACCAAAUUAGUUUCUCGUCAUCUCUCUUCCUUUCUUCAGGCUUCUUUUUCUUCUUUGGACUUUAAAUGGUGGUUGGCAACCAACUUUACGGUGCAUUCCAGCGACUCCUGUGGCGGGCCGGGCGCAGUGCGCGCUAACCAAGGUUGCCAGGUGCACAGUGUUUCCUCUGAAACAUUGGUGCGGCUCGCUUCCGGGUUGGAUGCGCGCUGUGUUAAGAAGCAGUGCGGCUUGGUUGGGUUGUGUAUCGGAGGACACAUGACUUUCAACCUUUGUCUCUCCCGAGCCCGAACGGGAGUUGUGGCGAUGAGACAAGAUGGUAGCUACUAAAAACAAUUGGAUACCACGAAAUUGAGGAGAAAAAGGGGUACAAAUUAAAAUACGAAAAUAUCUAUCAAAAAACUUUACGGUGCAUUACUACAACCGACUGGAGUGAGGACCUCAGUUAAUCCUUCAAUCACCCACGUGGGUAUAUGCUCCUAAACACCGUAGGAUAAAGAGGCAGGACUUGCAGCGCGUUAAGCUUGACAAAUAGAACCAACUUCUAUUUUAGCGCCUGGCCACGCAGACGCUAGCUGUUGCGCGCAAGCAGGGUGGGUGCAUUGAUUGAAUACCAGGUAUGUGUACAUUUAUUUUGCAACCUUCGCAAGAAGACUUACAAGAAGCUACUGCAGGUAGACUGAAAUAUUCACUGGACAAUGUGGCUCAGAUCUUUUAUACUCUAGUUUUCUAUGCUCAGACAUGGACUGUGUUAUUAUGAUAUUUAGGGUUAAGGGCCCUUUUAAGCAAUAUCUGAAAAAUAUUGGUAGAAUAAGACCAUUAUUUAAAGCUUAUGCUACUGUAAACUGCUGUCCAUCCUCUUCUAUAGUGAAGUCACUGUCGUAUUUAAGUCUAGACUCUAGACUGAAUAACAUUUGAAUAACGUUUUGUUUGUGACGCAAACCACCUUUUCAGGAGUGAAAUGAUCUUAAAAGCUUUGGUUUCAUGGUCAGAAGUUCUACAGACCAAGUAUCUAAGUGUGUGUACAUGGUCACACACUCAGGGAAAGGAGAGGGUGCCUAUGAGACGUAGUGUAGUUUUACUAAUGCAGAUGUGAAGUAUUGUUUCACAGUAUUUUACCGUUCAAGUAUUACCUAUUUUUAUGGUCAUUGUCUGCCAUGACCAUACUUUAUCAUAAUAUGAUAGUCGGUGAAGGAAACCAGUUUAUAUGGUCCAUCUCAGCUGUCUCCAACCUGGAGAGUUAUUGCAGCCUUUUACUCAAACCUAGCACUAGCACAGCUGUUUCACAUAAUCAACCGUUGACCGUUUUCAGUAUGGACAACAAUUAGCCGAAUCAAUUGUGUUGGGCUGGAACAAAAGCCUGUACACCCGGUCACUCUCCAGGAAGUUGGAGCUUCCUAAUUCAUUUCAAACCAUUAGCUAGAUACCCCAUGUUCUAGUUUCACAACAAUGAAUCCCCUUUUUAACAUGGCGUCAGUCACUCUUACAGAUGUAGGGUCUUAAUUUGAGCCAGUUUGCGACAGCAGGAAAAUAAUCCUGCAGCAACAAGAAGUGUGAAUUACUAUGUGGGAUUAUAAUUAUGGACAUUUUUGUAGGGGAUUCCAAGUGGAAAUAACAGACUUCAGAAGCCUUUUUAAACCUCAAAUACACAACAUGUUUAAAAUGUCCUGCAUUGCAGGAUAGUUCUCCAGCAACAGGGUGAUCAAAUUAAGAUCCUAUAUUACAAUACAUGUGUACCUAGUUAAGUACAUCAAGCACAGUAUUGAGUUGUUCAGAGGCUGAAUUAAUAAAAGUUACUUUCAAGCCCCA